GCUUUGUGCGUGAUUUACGUCCUAAAAUUUCGUAACGGAAUAUGAAUUUAUAGUAACAAAAUUAACCAUCGGAUUUUGUUCCUAAUAAUCACUGUCAUUUAUAGCGAAAUCAGCAGGAAUUAGGGUUUUACAUUAUACCUUUCAACCUUCUUCCCUGCCGAUCAACAAAUCAAUGGCGAAACGAAAAGAAGAGAAAAUUGAUUAUUGCCCACAAGUCACAAGUCGAAUUAUUCUAAAGGAGAUUCAAAAAGAGUUUAAAAAAACCAAAAAUUCGAAUACUAACAUACUCCUCUCUCCAUUAUCUUUCCACGCCGUACUGAACAUGACGGCCGUCGGAGCAAUGGGAGAUACAUUGGAUCAGAUGCUUCGAUUUCUCGGUGUUCGUGACAUUAACGAUUUGAACUCCAAGUUUUUAAAUAUGAUUCAUGUUAUUGAGAGCAACAGUAAUGGUGGCCCUGAUUUGAGUUUUCUUAAUGGAAUGUGGGUUGCUCAUACUCAUGAAAUCAGAGACUCUUUCAAACAUUUAGCCAACACUCUCUAUAAAAUUCAGCCUAAAAUUGUUGAUUUUAAACUCAGGGAAGAGGUAGCAGAAGAUGUUAACAUCUGGGCAGAGUCUGCAUCAAGAGGCCUUAUCAAAGAUAUUCUAAAGCCCAAAUGCAUUACAGAUGAUACAACGGUUCUUUUGGCGAAUGCCCUCUAUUUUAAAGGUAGGUGGGAUUUUGAUGAAGAACGUACCAUAGACAGAGACUUUUACCUACUCAACGGUGAUAUGAUUUCAGUUCCCUUUAUGACUGGCUGCGAACAUUUCACCUAUGGAUCAUUUGAAGGCUAUCAAGUUGCUAACAUUCCCUAUGAAAUUGGAAAAAAUGGCGAUAACAAAGGUACUAUGUUUAUCUUCCUUCCAAAUGAAAAAAAUGGAUUGCUGAACUUAUUGGAAAAGGUGAAUUCUGAUCCGAAAUUCUUUACACAAAAAUUCAAUCUUUGGUCUGAAUCACUUGAUGCAUUCUACAUCCCAAAGUUCAAAUUCACAUACACUGCGAUGAAACAAGUUAUAAGAACAAUGAGGGAAAUGGGAUUGACUCUUCCUUUUGAUAAACACUGCAUGGAGCUCACUGAGGUUGUGAAACCUGAGGGGCCAUUCUUUGUUAACAGGAUAAUACAAAAGGCAUUUAUCGAAGUAAACGAGAAGGGUACUGAGGCAGCAGUUGUUACUGUGGUGUCUGAUGAUGACAUGGGAUGUUCGUUGUAUGAAGCCCCUAGCCCAAGAUUUGUAGCAGAUCACCCUUUCUUGUUCAUGGUGAGGGAAGAGGCUUCAAGAUUGGUACUUCUCACUGGAGCUGUACUAAAUCCAUCAAUUGAUCAUUCAGAUGCUAAUUCAUCAAGUGAUUCAGAUGAUUGUUAAGAACGAAAAAGAGGCAUGGGAGAACUUGUUUUUCGUAAUUUUUAAAAAGAUUUUGUUUAACAACAUUGAUGUUUUAUGUUUUCCUUUGCUAGAUGAUCUUGAUAUAUGUGUAUUGCUUGUAACUUGUACGUGAAGGUUCAACGUCUAAUAUAUAUAUAAGUUAAUCCUUGAGUUGUGA